UGUUGACGCAGGGAAGGUUUUACAGUAUAAAGCGCUCUUUCAGUGUGCCUGUGUGCGCUCUGGAGAGAACCACACAGCUCGAGAGGGAACCAAAGUAACGUCGUAAACAACCAUAGGACUAAACUAGCAUCAGUGAGAGUAAUGACUGCAAUUCACAUCAAAACUGUUUUCUAAGAUAACGCAGUAGCUCACUAAGUGUAAGCUGCGUGCACUGUUUACUGACAGCAACCGCAGAGUCUGGACUUAACGUCAGUGGUGUGUGAGUUCGUGUGCGCGCGCUCGUGCGUUAGGAAGCCACUGUCCGUGCUGCUGUUUUAAUGGGACCUACAUAAAGGCUCUGUUCACUCUGUUCAACAGGUGCUUAAUGAGAGUUUGGAAAUCUAUCCGUGCGCAAACCUGAAUUUCGGAUUAAUGCUGCUCUUCAAGCAACUUCAGAUUCGUAUGUGUCACAGACAAGUGUACAUUUAGGAAGCACUGCAGAUGUUAGUCCAUCACUGAAAACUGAGGCGCGCGCGCUGACAUGGCCACGCGCGAGACAUAGGCUAGUGCAGCGGUUUCCAGUUGAUCAAGAAGAGAAAGAGAGACACGAAAACAGCUUAAAGACUUUCACCUCAUUUGGAGAGGGGGACAAAAAUGAAGAUUCGCGAGUACCUGCUAUUACUAAAAAUCACCGUUCUACUAAAAGGACUGUGCCAAUGUUUUAACAUUGACGUGAACCAGCCACGCAUUUUCAGCGGGGCAGAGGACGCUCUGUUUGGUUUCUCUGUGCUACAGCAUGAAGUCGGGGGAGAGAAACUGAUGUUGGUUGGUGCUCCAUGGGAUGGUCCACCCAAUAACAGGAAGGGAGACAUUUAUAAAUGCAUUGUGGGAGAGGAACUGAAUUCCAACUGCUCAAAAGUGAAUCUAGCUGACAGUGCAUUUCAGAAUGUGUCACGGAAUCUGAAAAACUCUCACUUGGGCAUGACGCUUACGCCGGAUGAACCCAAUGGAUUUCUGGCCUGUGCCCCGCUUUGGUCUCAGGAGUGUGGCACAUCGCUCUUCAGCACGGGAAUCUGUGCAUCUGUUGACAAUGACCUGGAGCCUAAAGAGACCAUCGCCCCCACAGCACAGAGAUGUACUACCUAUAUGGACAUAGUAAUAGUUCUGGAUGGUUCUAACAGUAUCUACCCUUGGUUUGAGGUUCAGAACUUCCUCAAGAACAUCCUCAGCAAGUUCCACAUCAGCCCGGAGCAGAUGCAGGUGGGCAUCCUGCAGUAUGGUGAGAUCGCAGUUCACGAGUGGUCUCUUAAGGACUAUCAGACGACAGAGGAAGUGGUGGAAGCUGCCAAGAACAUCAAUCGACAGGAAGGGCGAGAGACUCGCACCGCAUAUGCGAUACAGAUGGCCUGCACAGAGGCAUUCAGUGCGGAAAGAGGAGCGAGAGAUGGAGCCACUAAGGUGAUGCUUGUGGUGACAGACGGAGAGUCACAUGAUGGCGACGAGCUUCAUGAUGCACUGGUCGAGUGCGAGAAUCGCAACAUCACCAGAUAUGCAAUAGCUGUUUUGGGUCACUACAUUCGCAGGCAGCAGGACCCAGAGACCUUUAUUAAUGAAAUCAAAUUCAUUGCCAGCGACCCUGAUGAGAAAUAUUUUUUCAAUGUAACUGAUGAAGCGGCAUUGAAUGACAUUGUAGAUGCACUUGGGGAUCGAAUCUUUAGUUUGGAAGGGACAUUGGGAUUUAAUCAAAGUACCUUUCUCAUGGAGAUGUCACAAAUUGGGUUCUCAACACACAUUUUAAAUGAUGGGAUCUUGUUUGGCAUGGUGGGAGCUUAUGAUUGGGAAGGGGGGGUUUUGAAGGAGGGUACUGAUGGAACAGUCAUGCCCCCUCGAGAAGCCUUCGAGGAAGAAUUUCCUGUGAAGCUAAAGAAUCAUGCAGCAUACCUAGGUUAUACUGUGUCCUCUGUGACAGUAGGUGAUGGGAGGAGACUCUAUGUGGCUGGGGCACCCAGAUUCAAACACAAAGGAAAGGUCAUUCUGUUUGACUUGAGUCUAGUUGGAGAUGUCAACAUCACACAGGCUAUUGAAGGAGAGCAGAUUGGCUCCUAUUUUGGCAGUGAGGUGUGUGUGGUGGAUGUCGAUCAGGAUGGUAUAACAGAUAUCCUCCUGAUUGCUGCCCCCAUGUUCCUGGGAGCAGGAAACAAAGAGACAGGCAAAGUCUAUGUCUACUGUCUAGAUGGGAAUGGUUUUGCCCCAAACGGGACCCUACAUUCUCAGCAGAAAGCCCAGGAUGCUCGGUUUGGUUAUGCCAUGGCUGUGGCUCCAGAUCUCAACCAUGAUGGCUUUUCUGACCUUCUAGUGGGCGCUCCACUGGAAGAUGAUCACCAGGGUGCACUUUACAUAUACCAUGGUGAUGAAUUCUAUAUAAAACCCCAUUAUAAGCAGCGUAUCUCUGCCUCCUCUCUCUCUGCAGGCCUGCAGUAUUUUGGCCGCAGUCUGAGCGCAUUGUUGGAUAUGGAUGGAGACAAUCUACCGGAUCUGGCAGUCGGAGCUCACGGCAGUGCCGUCCUCCUCAGGUCUCGCAGCAUAGUGCAGAUCAACAUGAGUCUGUCCUUUCAGCCACACUCCAUCAACGUCAUACAGAAAAACUGCCACAAGGGCGGCCGUGAUUCAGCAUGCCUUACCGCCACCGCCUGCUUCCGGGCCGUGUCCCGUUCCCCAGGAUCAGAUGGCACAACCUUUGAUCUGCAAGUGGGGGCCAUGUUGGAUGACAGAAAGUUGUCUGCACGUGCUUUGUUUGAUGCCAACUCUCAGAGGCAGAUACUGACAGGGGUCAGAGUUGAAGUAGGACAGUCUGUGUGCCACACACUGCCCUUCCAUGUAUUUGACACAGCAGACUACAUCCGACCAGUCAGUUUCUCCCUGAACUUCAAAAUCAAUGACACAGAUAGUGGUCCAGUGCUCGAUGAAGGCUGGCCAACCACACUUAAGCAAUCUAUUUCGUUUUAUAAAGACUGUGGAGAAGAUGAUUUGUGUGUGACAGACCUGGUUUUGCAAGCUCACAUGGACAUCAAAGGAACAAGGCAACAGCCUUACGUGAUCCGCAGUCCUCGAAGACGUCUUGCUGUGGAGGUUCAGCUUCAGAACCAGUUAGAGAAUGCUUAUAACACCAGCCUCAUUCUUUAUUACUCCAAAAACCUACACUUCAGCAGCCUGAGUAUACGGGAGGAUGGCCAAUUUAAGAUUGAGUGUACUGGACUGAGUCACAAUAUUCACUCUUGCAAUGUUAGCUAUCCAGUCUUUCGCUCUGGGUCCAAGGUGAACUUCAUGUUGGAGUUUGAAUUUAGUUGCACAUCUCUUAUCAAUAGAGUUCAAAUGAAGCUAGUUGCAGCAAGUGACAGUGUUGAGCGAGAGGACACUCUGUCAGACAACAGUGUUCAGUUACAGAGUGUAGUUCAGUACGAGCCUGAUCUCUUCAUCACCAGUGAUUCCAAUCUAAACCGCUAUGAGGUCCAUCCUACCAGGACUGUAUCAGAGGGGACAGGACCUGAAUUCUACACAAAUUUCAGGGUACAGAAUCUAGGCUGUUAUGCGGUCAGCAACCUAAAGCUGAGUGUCAGUUUACCCUCUGUAGCUGCCGCAGACAGAGCUUUUGCUUCUGUAGUGGAUGUGUUCUCUCACAAUACCUCUGGUGUAAACUGCAGUAUUAAGAGUGAACUAGCCCAGAUGAAAGCUGCUCAGAGAGACGUGCGUCUGCUGCAUCCUGACGACAUGAAGAAAAAUGAAUUUUUAAACUGCAGCUCUUCUUGGUGUGUGGAGGUUGUGUGUCAAAUCCAGCAACUGUUGAAGGGACAGACAGCCGUUAUUCGCAUCACUAGAAGGGUGCAUGACAACUUCUUCAGACAGGCUAAGUUCAAAGCUGUGAUGAUAGUCAGCUCCUACCACCUGUCUGCUCAAGAGUCUAAUCUGAUCACACUGGGCAAUGCUGGUCUUUGGAGGGAGACCGUGCUGGAAGUACUUAAGGGUCGUUCAAUUCCAAUUUCUCUGUGGAUCCUCAUUGGCAGUAUCAUUGGAGGCCUGCUGCUGCUUGCACUUAUCAUUUUCAUCCUUUGGAAGCUGGGCUUUUUCACAAGGAAACAGAGAAAAGAUGACGAGGACCACAAGGACUGAGUUUCACCUCUACUGAAGCACUGAGCUGAUAUGCCUCACAUGGUGAUCUAAUAGUGCAGUUUAAAAAUUGACUCCUUCCCUUCCUCCGGGAGUAGAACACUUACCUAUUAUACCUGCUCCACGUCUCUGAGAGACGCAAGUGCUAGCAACAGUAUUGGAUUAUAGAAAGCAGAAAUGCCUAUUGAGCGUAAGCACUAUGUGAAUAAAGCAGGCAGUGAGUUGAGGCUUGGUCAGGACAGAAUUUCAACUCAGUUUAGAAGUCAAAUGAAAGAUCUCAAGGAGGCUUCCUAGCGCACGGUAAUGAAUGGCCUUAAUAUAGCUACAGCGAGGCCCUGCUAAUGUCAGGCUGUAUUUGGAUUGCAGAGAAGAGGAGGGUGGGGAAGAGGACAAGAGUGCAAUGAAAUGCUAGUGCAUUCAGGCAUAGGCGCAAGAGGUGUAAUUC